CUUUGGACUAAACUGGCAAAAUAGCCCAAACCACAGGGACUAAAAUGACAUUUCACUCUUUUAUAAACUUAUAUUUUUGAUCUUUCUUGAAGCUGUUCAUAUCUGCUAAAAUGCGCCUGCUUUCAUCUUCUUCACCCCCUCCUUCAUCAAACACUAAUCCUCAUAUAAAUUCAAAAAAUAAUUCAACUUUUCUCUUUGUUAGAAUUAGAACCAUUGUUAUUGUUAUAGCAGUUAUGUUCGUUAUAUGUGGAUUACUUCAUUUACUUGUGAAAUAUUUAAUAAAAAAGAAGAGAUUAUUAUUAUUAUUAUCUUCUUCAAAUUCCCAUUUUCAAGAAAGCGGUGUUAAUCAAGAAGAAGAUGAUGCAUAUGAGAGACAAUUGCGACAGCUUUUUAAUCUGCAUGAUUCGGGUUUGGAUCAAGGUUUCAUUGAUGCAUUACCGGUGUUUUCUUAUGGGGAAUUAAUGGGAUUAAAGGAGCCUUUUGAUUGUGCGGUUUGCUUAUGUGAAUUUACACAAAAGGACAGUUUAAGAUUGUUGCCGUUAUGUAGUCAUGCUUUUCAUGUGCAUUGUAUUGACACUUGGUUGCUUUCAAAUUCAACUUGUCCUUUGUGUAGAGGAGUACUUUUUGCGCCUGAGUUUUCUGUUGAAAAUCCUGUUUUUGAGGUUAGUGAUUCAAGGGAAGAAGAGGAAGAAGUUGUUGAUGAUAGUGGUCAGGGGUAUUUUGGUCAUUUCAAGCAAUCUGAGGGGAGUAAUGGUAUUGAAAAGAGGGUGCAUCCGGUUCGACUUGUUGGGAAAAGAGAAGAAAGGGAAGUAGGAGAGACAAGUAAUAGUAAAUUUGAUGAUGGUGAUGACGGUCAAGGGCAUUUUGGUCAUUUCAAUCAGUUUGACGGUAGUAUUGGGAAAGAAAAGAAGGUGUAUGGUCAAGGGCAUUUUGGUCAUUUAAAUAACCAUGAGGGUAGUAUCGGCAAAGAAAAGAGGGUGUAUGGUCAAGGGCAUUCUGGUCAUUUCAACCAACAUGAGGGUAGUAUUGGGAAAGAAAAGAGGGUGUAUGGUCAAGGGCAUUUUGGUCAUUUUAAUCAGUUUGAGGGCAGUAUUGGGAAAGAAAAGAGGGUGUAUGGUCAAGGGCAUUCUGGUCAUUUCAACCAACAUGAGGGUGGUACUGGUAAUGAAAAGAGGGUGUAUGGUCAAGGGUAUUUUGGUCAUUUCAACCAACAUGAGGGUGGUACUGGUAAUGAAAAGAGGGUGUAUCCGGUUAAACUUGGGAAAUUUAGAGCUUCGAAUGUCGGAAAAAGAGAAGAAAAAGGAGAGACAAGUAAUAGUAAUCUUGAUGCAAGAAGAUGUUAUUCAAUGGGAACUUAUGAAUAUGUUGUGGGAAAUUCAGAAUUAAGAGUGGAAUGUGUUCCAAGUAAUAGUAGAAGGGGCAGUUUUGGUAAUAAAGUGGAUAGUUCAAUUGAUGGGGGUAAUAAUGGAAAGAAAAUUAGUAACAGAAGUAAAGGUGAGAGCUUUUCAGUUUCUAAGAUUUGGCUAUGGUCAAAGAAAGAUCAUAAUCAUCAAAAAAGUCAAAUCUUUUCAGGUAGCCCAUAUGGUUAAUACAUUUGUUAAUGUUAGUUUACCUUUGAGUAAUGCAAAUAGUAGUUAUUGUUGUCCAUUUUUAUAAGUCAAUGGUUCUUUUAUGAAGUUCUUUAUAUAUUUCUUUGGGUUAUUGGAUUUUCAUAAUCUAAAGGAUUUGAUUUUACUCUGUAAA